GGCCUCCAUAUCAGUAGGUGUUGAGUUUGUGAACUCUUUGGCUCUCCACAUUGCUGCUCCUUUUCUCUCCUUCGUGUCUCCUUCUCUCUCAUUUCCUGCAGCUUCAAAGAAAAAACACCUGCAAGACCUGGAACAUGGCCACCCCUCCAGCUUACGCUGAUCUUGGCAAAGCGGCGAAGGAUGUAUUUAAUAAGGGAUACGGGUUUGGGUUGGUGAAGCUCGAUCUGAAAACCAAGUCAACCAAUGGAGUGGAGUUUAAGACGUGCGGCUCGUCCAACAUCGACACGGGAAAAGUGAGCGCUAAUCUGGAGACCAAGUACAAAUGGGAUGAGUACGGAGUGACCUUCACUGAGAAAUGGAGCACAGACAACACACUCGGGACUGAGAUCAGUGUGGAGGACCAGAUCACUAAAGGACUGAAGGUGAAGUUUGACACGUCGUUCUCUCCGAACACAGGGAAGAAGAGUGGGAGAGUGCAGACGGCGUAUAAGUGCGAGUACGUGAACGUGGGCUGUGACGUGGAUUUUGAUUUCUCCGGCCCGCUGGUUCACGCCGCCGCCGUUCUGGGCUACGACUCGUGGCUCGCCGGCUUCCAGACCAGCUUCGACCCGGCCAAGUCCAAAACCACCCGCAACAACAUCGCCAUCGGGUACCGGGCUCGAGACUUCCAACUGCUCACACACGUGAAUGAUGGAUCUGAGUUUGGAGGUUCUGUGUAUCAGAAGUUAAAUGAUAAUCUGGAGACGGCAGUGAAUUUGUCCUGGACGGUCGGCAACAACAACACACGCUUCGGUAUCGCUGCUAAAUACACACUCGACUCCAACUCCUCUGUAAACGUUAAGGUGAAUAACUCCAGUCUGGUUGGAGUGGGUUACACACAGACCCUCAGACCAGGGGUGAAGUUGAUCCUCUCUGCACUGAUCGAUGGCAAAAACAUCAACGCUGGAGGUCAUAAACUCGGCCUGGGGUUUGAACUGGAGGCUUAAACAUCCUCCCAGUGUGUGGGACACACACACACACACCUGUUACAUAUGCUUCAUCAUUCCUCUGGAUCUCAGCACUUUAGUUAGCACUCUAUAUUUAUUUGUCACACACACACACAUUUUUUUUCAUUUAUAUAUGUUCCUGAAUAUUUAUGAUCUGCUCAGUGUGUUGAAGGUGAAUUAGUGUUAAGAGUGAUUACAGAAUGUAACCCUAAUGAGACAAACACGCUGCUGCCCGUCACUAGGGGGCGCUGAUGAGCUGCAUUAGAACACCUCUAGUAUGGAGAAUUGGAUGAGCACUCUGCUCACGAGCUGUAGAGCUCCUGUAGAAACCUCAUUAAAGCUGGUAUUCUGCUA